GGAUAAUCUAAGUUGGUGAUCUACGCUGUUUUUAUCUUUUAGAUCCUGGUAGCAUAAAAACAUAUGUACUUUUCCGAUCAAGAAUCGUCUCCGAUUAACAAAUUACAUCCUAGAAAACAAAUGGCUAACUAAUUUCGAUUCAUGAUACAUUGUAGACUUUGGCUCUUGCUUGUAGCGUUUUUUCAAGCUCAUCGGUACUCAGCUGCUUUUCCAGAUGAAAUGAGUCUACAGGAUAAUUGCGGUGUUCAGGAGGUAAGAACCUCACAUCGUGGAGACUGUUUCUUACUCCUCCCAUCUGGAGAACGCGUUUUGGUUAAGUAUAUGAAUGGACUGCAAAUAUUAGGAUUUAGUUUUGCUUUUUUCGGCCUUGCUAGUGCAUUCCUAGGACUAUUGGAUAGUGUUCUAAUCCCAUCGUUAUCUCCAAAUGAUUCCAAUAAUUAUCCUGUUGAAUUUAGCUUAGCUGGUGGUUAUGGACUUCCUAUUUAUACCGGCGUGCUGGUCUUAUCCACUGGAGCGAUGGCCUUACGCACAAUUAUUAGCUUGCGUUACACUUCUCUACGGAGAUUUUACAUAUCAUUAUGGUUGAUACUGUUGUUAAACGUUGUUUAUUGGUGUUGUUUAAUAGCUGCUAUAUCCUAUGGAAAUUUCUCACCAGAUCCGUCAUCAAAUAAGAUUUCCAACUCACAUACCGUAACAAGAAUUUUUACAGCUGUAAAUUCUGGCCUUUCUUUAAUUCCGUGUUUCACAGGCUUAAUACUGUACAGUCGUCCCAUUCUUAGUAGGAAUCAAAAUAUCUUGUGUUGUUAUUCACUGAUUCAACGAUUUAGUUACUCUUCAUCUUAUAGACGCCUUUCCGAGUGCCAAAACCGAAAUGAUAGCACUAGUUCUAUUAGCGAAUGAUUCUUUUUAUCACGUUGUGUUUUAUAAUCUCGUUUUAAAUAGAUCAGACAUUAUAUUUUGUACUUUCAUCAACAUUUUUUGUCGAAAUUAAUCGUUUAUAUUCUAUGUUUUAUGUACAUGACUAUGAAAAAUACCUUGAAAAAUUCAUUAUGAUUUCUAAUGAGAUCUCUAGUUGUUCAUUUAUGUGUUACUUUUACCGAUCAUGUUCUGGACAAGAAGAUACAGUAUAUAUGCCAAACAUGUUCGAAAUUAGAGGUGCAAAACUACAGUGUCGCAAUUAUUUUCUAACAUACUCUUGUCUUUUUGCAAUCUAUGCACUUUUCUAGGAAACUGACCUAAUUGUUUCAAGGUUUUGUUCUUUAUAACUCGAUAUUUGCUCAUUUUUCUCGUUCGUUUUUUAGUUUUUCGUAAUUUGUGUUUUCCGUGAUCAACAGUUAGAUAAAUAUAUCAUUUAUUGAAAGC